AUGGGUCAGAUGAGAGGGCAGCAAGAAAGAACUGAAACCAGCUCAAGAGGCCAUCACAGGGGAGCAGGAAGAGGACAAGUAGGGGGGACACCCGAAGGCAUCAGACCACCUUAUUACAUUGGAUACAAACGACUGCACGAGAUUGCAACAAAAUUAUCUCCGUUGGAAGCAGUUCUGGCAGUCAUGGAUCCCAAUGAAAGUUUUCGGAGACUCCUCUCUAAUUCAGAAACGUUCCAAAAAAGUGAUAGGGUGGUCCUCAUCGUGGGAGUGUUUGAAAAAGUAUGCUGUGUGGACGGAUGUGAAAAUAUGGUGAAUGCUGCUCUCACCAUGCUAAAUCAGAGCGAGUUCCUAGAAGUCUGCUCUUCCAGAGUUCUGCUUGAAUUUCAGUGCAACCCCUCCAAAACUGAAGUGGGAUGCCAGCUGCUGCAGCAGUUUUUUCUGAUACUGAAGGCUUUUGCUACGAAGUACCCAGGUGUCUCUGGCAGCAAUGUAAUGAAAGCAAUUCAUGCUUGUAACAACUACGUGCUCUUUCUUAAGACUCAGGAAUUUGAUGUAGAAGCUUUGGAAGGCAAAUUUGCUGAACUCCUCACAACAGUUCAAGAUGCCAGCAAAGCCUUUCAAGGGAGUUCAGUUUCUCCAUAUGCAAUGAAGAGCAUGGCCGAAGAAGAACGUCUGAAUCGCCUUCAUCUCGAGACAGCUCCUAACAACUUUCGGGAAAUUCCUAUCAUUCCCACCUCUGAGGAAAUUCUCAACGCUGAAGCUCCCUUCCUUCGAUCCAACAUCACGAAAGGUGCUUAUAUGAACGUCGAGCAUUAUCUAGAUGUCCAGUUCCGGCUUCUACGAGAGGAUUUUGUUGCUCCUUUGCGGAAUGGACUCAAGGAAUAUUUGUUAGGGGGAAUGGGGCGAAAAAACUUCAGACAUCAAGACAUCCGUGUCUACACCGGAGUCACAUUUCACCACAUGGAUCACGACUUCUAUGGAAUCCACCUCAUCUUCAAGUUUGAUGUCUCUCGUUUCUCCAGAGUAAAAUGGGACAUUACCAAGCGAUUCAUGACGGGGUCUCUCCUCUGCUUCGCGGAUCUUGACUUCAACUAUCUCACAUUCGGGACUGUAUCGAGAAGAAAUGCCGAUGAACUGAAGAAAGGCUUCCUCACCAUCAGUCCACAAAGCGACAUGUUCAACCUUGAUGCAUGGAUGCAGGGUGAAAAGAUCAUCAUUGAAGCAUCAUCAGCAUACUUUGAGGCAUACAGACAUGUCCUUCGGUGCCUCCAGCAGCGUGAUGAAGAGAGUUUUCCUCUCACCGAUUACAUUGUUUAUGGGGCAAUGAAGGAUGCUCCACCCAAAUUUCUUCCGGAUUAUUACGACUUUUCCUUCAUUCGUACUCAUCUGGAUACAGUGGACCUCCUAGCCAAAGCAUAUUGGCCUCCUGCUGGAGACUUUGGCCUUGAUGAGUCACAAUUGCAGGCAUUUCAGAGCGCUCUGACUCAGGAAUUUUCCGUCAUUCAAGGCCCUCCUGGCUCAGGGAAGACAUACAUAGGGCUCAAAGUUGUGGAGACCCUGCUAAAAAAUAAUGUGACAGAACAAACUGGUCCUAUCCUUGUCAUCUGCUUCACAAAUCAUGCCCUGGAUCAGUUCCUGGAGGGGAUCUUGUCAUUUACCAAGAAAAUAGUUCGCAUCGGGGGCCGUUCUAAGUCUCCUCACAUGGAAGCAUAUCACAUUAGGAAAUGGGAAGAGAAAACUCGACAGAUGAAGUCAAGUUUUGAUGAUAUAGUGCUCGCAAAGAUGAGAAGGCAGCACAUAUGUGAAAUGAAUACCGUCAAGGGACAUGUGAAGUAUUAUCAAGAGAAGCUUUCCCUCCUUCAGGAAGGACUGGGAUUGGUCUCUCCGCAAACCAUGAAGGACAUGGGGAUCAUGGAUGAAGAGACGCAUCGUGUUAUCCCAAAGUUUUUUGAUUGGCUGAAUGAAUUUGGGGGAGAGACGAACUUUCAGCGGGAAUGUCGAUUGGUACAGGAUGGCAUCCAGCGAGAACUCAUCAAACUGAAGUCAGCAGUUCCCCUUGAAAAACCAGUCCAAAAACCGGAACCGCGACAGCAGCAGGAAGAGGCAGACGAUGAUGACGACGAAGAGGAUGAGAUCGAGGAUGCUCAAGCAUUUCGACUGGCUCAGUUUGUCGAUGACGAUGAAUUCGAUCCUAUCGUCGAUGUCGAGGACAACAAGCCUAUCCAAGUGACUGACGCAUUUGUAAAAUUAGACUUUGAGAUGUUCACCGAAAAUCUGCGGCUGAAAAUCCAACAUGCAGAAUCAAAACUUGAAGAUUUUGUGAAUGUCGAAGAUCCGUCUCCCCAGGAAGUAGCGAUGAUGGCUGCUGCUGAAAAACAGUACACGAGAGCUCGAAAAGAGCUGGAAUUUUUUGAGCAAAUUCAACCUCUGUUGAUGGUGAAUCCUCUAAAGAUCCCUCCAAAGCCAAAGAUUCUUCAGGAAGGCGACCUUGACGAACAGACUCUCCUGCAAUUGAGCCUCUAUGAAUGCUUGGAGUUGGUGGCCUUUUGGCAUGGACAAGUUUUUGCCUGGAUCCGGGAUGAGCUGAUGAAGAAGUCCAGGUCCUACUUGGAACUCGUGGAUAAACUCAGAGAAGUGCAGGGAGUUACACAGCUGCAUGCAAUGAAGGGGGCUGAGGUGAUUGGAAUGACCACUUCUGGAGCCGCCAAGUACCAAGCAUUGCUGCAAAAUAUCGGCAACAAAAUCGUGAUCGUGGAAGAAGCUGCCGAAGUCAUGGAAGCCCAUAUUGUAACAUCUCUCUCACGUUCCUGCCAGCAGCUCAUAUUGAUCGGGGACCAUCAGCAGCUCAGACCAAAUCCAACAGUGUAUGAGCUAGCGCGAAAAUACCAUCUGGACGUGAGCAUGUUUGAGCGUGCAGUGAACAACGGGAUCCAGGUGAAACGACUGAGAAUUCAGCAUCGAAUGCGGCCAGCCAUCAGCUGCCUUAUCACCCCGCAUAUCUAUCCCGAUCUCAUUAAUCAUGAUUCCGUCUUGGACUACCCAAGCAUUUCGGGGAUGUCAGAGAAUCUUUUCUUCCUUACUCAUGCGUAUAAGGAAGCUGAGAGACUCCUUCGCCAGGAUACAUACACUACAGAGGACAUCACAAUCCUUACAACCUACAGCGGCCAACUUUUAGCUUUCAAGCAGCUGUUGAAAGGUAACCAGUAUGAGGACUGCAAAGGAGUUCGAUGCACCGUUGUGGACAACUUCCAAGGUGAAGAGAACAAGAUCAUUUUACUUUCAUUAGUCAGGAGUAAUGAAGAAGCGAAAAUCGGGUUUCUGAAGACGGAGAACCGUGUAUGUGUGGCUCUGUCGAGAGCCAAAUGGGGAUUGUACAUAGUGGGAAACAUGGAUUCACUCUGCAGUGGAUCUGAGAUUUGGAAAAAGAUGCUGGAAGCUCUGGAGAAACAGGAAGCAAUCGGAACCGAGUUGGAGCUCCAAUGUUCUAUUCAUAGGGAUCAGAUUAUCAGCGCAUCUCAGCCCUCUCACUUCCCUGCUGGUGGAGGUUGUCAUUUGCAGUGCAAAGUGAAGAUGCCCUGUGGCCACGUAUGUCCAAAGGCGUGUCAUGCCUAUGAUCGAGAACACAAAUCACUCAGGUGCAAUGAGAGUUGCUUGAAUAAAUGUCCUGCAGGCACCCACGACUGUGCUAAACGGUGCUGGGAGAAUUGUAAUCCUUGUCGAAUCCCCAUAGUCAAGACGAUCCCAGCAUGUCGGCACUCAAAUGAAAUGCCCUGUCAUCUUGAUCCCGAUAAGGCGCAGUGUCAGAUUCCCUGUGUCGCCCGCUUGGAAUGUGGACAUCAGUGUGCUCGAAAGUGUCACGUUCUGGAUGAUCCAGAGCAUAUCAAGUACGACUGUCAAAAGCCAUGCGAAAGAAUGUGCAACGAGGAACACAAGUGCAAAGCGAACUGUGGGCAUGGUGCCAAUGUUCCAUGCUGCGAUUCAAGGAAAAUGCUCGACCCAGAGGAGCUGAUGGAGCUUUGUGAAGCACCUUGUUCAAAGGUGCUGCCUGGUUGCGAACACGAACCGUGCACUUGGCAGUGCGACAAAGGUUGUCCUAAGAAGUUGAAGUGCACGAAAAAGUGUCAUGAGAUAUGUAACCGGGAACCAUGUGACCAGCCCUGUCCAAAGAAGAUUAAGAAAUGCGAUCAUCCAUGCAUCGGCCUCUGCGGAGAACCAUGUCCUCCUCAGUGCAAAAUCUGCAAUGCAGAAGAAUUAGCCGAGUUCCAGAUCUACGGGAACGAGGCCGACGAGGAUGCCAGGUUCGUUUACCUACCAGACUGCGGGCACUGCAUCGAAGUGGAGGCCAUGGAUCACCACAUGAAGAUGGAAAUGGAAGAAAUCGGGAUGAAGAAAUGUCCCCGUUGUCACACGGUCAUCUGGUCGUCGGUGCGGUACGGGAACGUCAUUCGACAACUUUAUCGCAAUGUUGCUGCUGUGAAAGAGAAAGCCUUCGGUGACCCGAAAAAAAAUCAAGAUGACUUCUUGAAGUCUUCCCAAGACUUGUUAAGGCUGAGUGCGAGCUCUCUUCAUCUGCAAACCGAAUUCACAGUCCUAAAAGGGAGCGCAGAGGUCAAGGUAGAACGGAUCAAGAAAUUCCGCAAUACUCCACACACCCCGACCAUCGUCGACCAGUUUGAGCUCCUGACCUUCAAGCAUCAGGUGGAAUUCUUGGAAAAGCUGGACCUCUCAGUCAAGCAAGAAGGACUCAGCCCGAACGUCCAGGCUCGGCUCGCUCGCAGAGCAAAGGCGUUUGCGAGUCGCGUGUUGUCGCGGACGAGGGGCUUCAACGACUGGGAACUGAAGUCGCUUGCGGGGGAAGUCGUGCGUCUCCGUCUCAUGGGUGAAUACUGGAAGCUUCAGGAGUUGGGCGUAGAAAAACACCCUCGAGCCAAGCAACACUUUCAGCGAGCGGAGACCCUGCUACUCGGUCUAGAAUCCUUCACGGAAGAGAUGAAUCAAGAGGCUCAUAAGGAGUUGGAUGCUGCAUCGAAAAGUUGUGGAGGAUUGGGGAUAUCCAACGAAGAACGAAUCAUGAUCCUCAAGGCCAUGAACUUGGGUCAAGGACAUUGGUAUAAAUGUCCCAAUGGACACAUCUAUGCGAUUGGGGACUGCGGAGGAGCGAAUCAAACAUCUCAAUGCAAUGAAUGUCGAGCCGUGAUCGGAGGAGAGAGGCAUAGGCUGAUCGCGGACAACGCACACGCUUCAGAAAUGGAUGGUUCUCGGUUCCCUGCUUGGUCGGAAAUGAACAACCUUCAGAAUUUCGAUCCUCGUCAGGUGCUGUGAAAGAAACAGGAGGCGGAUGAGUGACUCUCUGGUUUUGGCUCAACCGUGCAGGGUGAUGGAUACGAGGCAUCUCUCGCUUAGCAUGAAUCACAUGUAACAUGAACGCUUGCAUCUGUCAUUUACUGAUAGGUGUAAGACAAGAGAUGCCUUGAAGAAAAUUUUUUUUUCUAUAGCUACCCCUUUGCUUGCCCGACGGUCUCUCCAGUUGCCUUAAUGCUGAUUCUUUCCUGUAUUGCAUAGACAGCAGAUUGAAACCGGACCAAAUUGCUAGAAUGCUAUUGCCAAAUUUUGUACUUAAUUUAAGAGCGUAUUUUCUCAUAUUUUCCUGAUAUUUUGUUGUUCUUUCUCGCACUUUUGAACCGUUAUAUCUGUUUCUGGUCAUGGUAUAACAUUUCGCGGCUCUCGGGUGUGAAAAACAUUCUAUCACAUGGGAGUGGCAGUCAAGUCGCCCACCUGUCGCAGAAAACGACCCCAGUGAAGUUCAUAAAUACGCUCAAGGUCUCGAGGACGAAUAAUGGGACU